UGGCUCAUAAGCGUUACAUUCCUUCGUAUUUAUCAUCGUUGGAGCGGUUUUAGCUUCUCUGGAUUCUUUAUCGUCGACAGGAACAGUCCUACCCCUAUCACUGAUUACCUCGCGGGCACUUGACACAGUUGUAUGUCUAUCAAUAUGCUGCUUCACUGGAUUUUGCCUGUCUUCUGCCUGUUGAUUCCAUCCGUGUCUGCACAAGAUGUUGCAACACAUUGUUUCGAAGACACGCAGGCCGAGGCCAAAUUGUACUUAGAGUGCCCGUCCAACUUCACCAUCGUCGUCCAGGGCAUGCUGUUUGGCAGGAACAGUUACAGAGAGUGUAGCUACACCAGCGACACAUGUGUGGUGCAACCUCCAGAUAUCGAUGCUACAGAUUGCUUGGGACGACAAAACUGUACCAUCACUGCGCGCCGAAUUUACUCGGUGGACUGUGGCGGAUAUGUGGAAUUCUUCCGGGUUAUUUACGAAUGCUUCCCUGUUGUAGUUGCCAGAAACGUCAGCCUCGAAACCACCACUUCCAGCAAGCGUGUGGUGCCAAUGUUUGGCAUGGACACCCCAAUCACAAAAUCAAAGGACAAUGAAAAAGGUCCAGAUCUUGGUAUGAUACUGGCGGUGGUCGGCUGUGUCCUAGGAACUCUUUACAUCAGCAUCGUUUGCAUUGUCUUGGCUGUCCUACUUCGAAGAAAUGGUGAUAAGAGGCAUUUGGCAAAGGAUGAAGAGCAGCCCACAGAGCUAGAUAAUUCAGGUUUUCGAGGAUCAGACCAUUUGAGAGAUCAUGAGAAUUCUGCAGAUUCUUCUGGGCCGAGAGAUUCUAACCGUAACAUCGUGUCUGGACGACCAGGGCCUUAUGGAAGGGAAAGAGAGCCACAGGUGGUCCUCGAGAACGAAACGCCGUCAGGCAGAAGCCAUAGAGAUAAAAACUUUAACUCCAAUCUGCAACAAGCCAGUAAAAUCGCACCGAAAAGCUUGUUUUCAACGAAGGACAUUAACAAUUCCAAGCAGAGCUCUGAUAAUACCAACAACAACGUCGAACAACUGAGUUUUGACGAGUCGUCAAGGAAUACGUCGAACUGUUGAGUAACUUAUGUGCAAACUGUCGAACUGCUGAGUAACUUCUGUGCAAACUGUCGAACUUCGCGAGAAAGGUAACUUAGUGAGCAGAUUCCAGAAAAGAGAUCUCAAGCCGGAUGUUCUGUUCUUGAAUGUCGGAAGAAAAUUCUUGAGCUAAUGUCUCAACUAAUCAACAGCCUGUUUAACAAAUGUAAACUGUGGUCAUAUUGGCUGAAAAAUUCCCGUCUUCUGACGGCAGGCCUAAAACAAAUAUAGGGAUUCUGUGAUGUUGCCCUGCGCCAUGUGUAAUUCUCGCCCUGUUAUUUACCAUAUUUAUUUAUAUCAUGACGAUGUUUACAGUGUUUACACUUCACAAGUGCUUGUCAUUUCACACGGCGUUUCACGCUUCUCAUUUUGUAUAUAUUUCACCCCUCACUAAUCGCUAGAACACGCUCUUCUGUCUUUAUAUUUUCAUUCACUCACAGACAAUGUCUGACGUGUUAUUCGGAAUGAUUCAUUUUACAUAUUGUCAUGCAUGCUGCAUUACUCACGGCUGAUAUAACAUUCCAUCGAAUCAUGCAGUGUGAUUUACAUGUAUUGCUGCGUAAUAAGGCCAUCAUGCGCAUAGCACACAGCUGGUAAAGAAACCAAAUGCAAAGUCUUAAAAGAAGAAUACACCUAUAAUAUAAUUUCGUUUUUUAAAAUAUAUUUUUCAAUAAUCCACGGUUAAACACAGUUACUUUUUCUUGCGUAUAAUAUAUUGCUACAAAGGACUGAUGUAACAUUUGCUCCGUAAUCAAACAAAAAGUCGCAUUUGUUAAUUAUUCGAGGCUUUUGUGUUCCUGAUUUGUGGAAUGUAAUUCGAAUUAAAUUCGGAUUCGUGUAGAUGACCAUUACGUAUUUAUAAGUGUGAGUGAGUGGAUUGUCAGUGUGAAUGUUUUCGAUAAUUAGAAAUGCGUAUUAUUUAUUACAAAAUGGCAAAGUUAUUUUGCUAACCAAAGUUAUAAGAUGUAGGCCAUACAUUUGUGUAUAAAUGUACAAA